CAAUAAUUUGGAAUGUAGUAAUUAUUAGAAUUGACCGCUUCAGGAAUGACUGAAUGCUACUGGAUGGUUCUAUGCGUGCUGAAUUGUCUUCCCUUAUUGGCCAAUUCCGAGGUUGCUUCGUUGUUUUUCUUGUCGCUCUUGCUAUUCAUGCAUUACAGGGGCCUAGUCUUCUUGGUGCUCAGCAUCACUCUUCACAUCAUCACUAACCUGUUCUAUUCUGAACUGUCAAUGCAGCAGACACGAUGUCUGCCAGAAAACUUAUUGUUCUCCAUGCACUAUCAUCAUUCUCUAAAUAGAGUAUGUAAAUUAACACUUAACUGGGUGGCUUUUUCAUGCCUGCAUGCGCUCUUCUACUGUCUUUUCAUAUUGCGGGCGGUGGUCGCUAGAGCUCUUGAUACAAUGGCUCCUUGCGAAGUAUCACAUAGUAACUCUUUCAUUGAUUCCAGCAAUCUUGUUAUGGGACUCCAUCAAACUACUUAGGCUGUCCGACAGGAAUGAGUUUACCCUGCAGAAGGUGGCAAGAUGCUCUUGUAUACUGAAAUUCCGAUCGUGUUCGUGUCUCGAGGACCCUGGUCUUUCGUUCAGAUAACUGCAGAUGGGUCCCUGUAUCGGUGAAGAGCCUUCCUUCUGGACGAAUUUGAUGAGUGUACGAUGGGACGUUGUCUGUCCAGGAUCAAUGCCUUCCCAGAGCACGUGAUGCUACAACGAGGACUAUUAGGACUCACGUCUGAGCGAUCUUGGCUU